AUGGACAAGCCAUCCACUGAAACCAACCACAGAGUCCCAGAACUACAGCGGACCCCAGCAGUGAUUUUUCACAACCCUCCUCCUCCCUCUCUCCAACUACACCAGCCCCCAGCCCAGUUAGCCCAGUCAACCCAGUGCCCAGCCCAGCUAACUCAGUGCCCAGCCCAGCUAACCCAGUGCCCAGCCCAGUUAACCCAGUCCCUAGCCCAGUUAACCCAGUCCCCAGCUCAGCUAACCCAGUCCCCAGCCCAGUCCAGCCAGUGUUCCCAGUCCCCAGCCCAGUUAACCCAGUCCCCAGCCCAGUCCAGCCAGUGUUCCCAGUCCCCAGCCCAGUUAACCAGGUCCUACUCCCAGUCCAGCCAGUGUUCCCAGUCCCCAGCCCAGUCCAGCCAGUUAACCCAGUCCCCAGCCCAGUCCAGCCAGUGUUCCCAGUCCCCAGCCCAGUCCAGCCAGUUAACCCAGUCCCCAGCCCAGUCCAGCCAGUGUUCCCAGUCCCCAGCCCAGUCCAGCCAGUGUUCCCAGUCCCCAGCCCAGUCCAACCAGUUAACCCAGUCCCCAGCCCAGUCCAGCCAGUUAACCCAGUCCCCAGCCCAGUCCAGCCAGUGCUCCCAGACACUGACAGAGGCCCACAACAUUAAUGCUUCUGUCCUCAGUUCUGGGGUGCUCUGUCUGCCUGGAACAAGAGAUAAGGGAGGUCGGGCCCUGGUGACCGUGACAACUAGGAACACUGUCUGGUUGAACCCCAGCUGUGACUGUGGAGAACUGGUCAGAAUCCUGGUCUACUACUGCACAGUGCUCAGGAAGGAGGUGCGUUCCCUAGGGUUGACAGUCCUGGUGGACUGCCGGAGGUGUUCCCCUGUCCCCGCUCUGUUUAAAGCCUUCAACAUACUACAGGAUGCUAUGCCCGGCUGUAUCUACACUGUCCUGUUACUGGCUGACAGAGACCUGGUUCUACGCCUGGAGAAACCCUCAGCCGUACAGGUGGAGUUGUUGACCUCUCUGAAGUCUCUCCAUAAACAUGUGGAGGUGUCUCAGCUGCCUACUGAGUUUGGCGGAUCCUUCCCCUUUUCACACAGCUCCUGGGUCUGCUUCAGAACGAGAGUGGAACAGCUAACCAGUCACUGUGAGGACGCUGUCAACCUUCUACAGAGUACCAUCGCUGAUCUGGAGUCUGCUGUCCUGCCGAAUACCGCUGAGGUAACUACCGCUGAGGAGGCCCAGGUGUUACUUGCCAGGUACAGGGGUGUGAUGUGUAGCGUCCUGGAGGACAGCCGAUUGGCUAGAUUCCAGCUGGAGGGAGGAGCCAACCUGUCCCGCCUCCGUAAAGAGGAAACCAGUGUCAGCCUCAGCGACGACUACAGAGAUGCCGUAGAGGUUGUGGCUGCUCUGUAUGACCAUGUGGAUGAGCUGGUCCACAAGCUGGUGAUGCUGUCCAACCAACGCACUCAGGAACUGGACUUUAUCAUGGAGUUCAAGAGGCUGGAGCAGGGAUUCAAGGAGGUGAGUGACUGGAUUGAGGAGGUAGGAGAGAAGCGUCUGAGAACACUCGGAGAGCUGGAGGAUUCUCUGGAGCAGCUGCACAGCAAACAGACCCUCUUCAGAGACUUCUACACUGCCGCUUAUGAACACUGUAAGGGAGGCGAGGCUCUGCUGAAACGUCUAGAACGCUGGGAAGACUUGUCGUCAGCCGAGCUGCAGGUGUACGAGGUCAAAGUUCGAUCCUUCUGGGUCCACCUGCACGACUUCUCCCAGAGGGUAGAAGACACCAAGACCAACAUCGACAAGACCGUACGUCUCUACGAGUUCUUCGACAAGGCGUAUGAGUGGGCGUUGGAAGGGAUGCGUCACCUGGCCAGCAUCAGCAUGGAGGACUGCACGGUGCCCGACAAGAGCCAAGGGGUGAUCAGCUGUCUGGAGGGCUACCGCCGGCAGCACCCCCCGAUCCCCGACUCCCGCUUCCAGGAGAUGAAGGAGCUGGCUGGGGAGAUGAAGAGCGAGCAGGGCCUCAAACAGUGGAAGUUCGCCUGGUCCAAGUGCCAGGAGACCAAGCAGGUGUUUGAGAAGAAGCUGGAGGCUGCUCUGAGGACGAGGCGAGCCCUGCCCACGGGAGAGUCGCCCGGGUCGGGUACAGGGAAGGACGGCGGGGCAGGGGACGCCACCCCCAGACGUUUCUCUGACGUUAACAGUGGCGUGGGACAGGAGAGAAGCAGCAGUGUGUCAUACGCCUGCAGAAAGGCUUUUAGUGGGGUGUGGGGGGUCAGAGAGAGACUCUCCUCCAGCUCUGCCUCAGCUCAGUCGGUCUGCAGCCUCAGACAGCAGACAGCAGGAGCCAAGACACCCCUAACCUCCUCUCCCUACGGUCUGGUGCACAGGCUCCCCCUCACCCCCCCAACACACCCCCCUCACCCCCCAACACACCCCCCUCUCCACCCAUCGUCCCACAGGGCCCGUAUUGAAGCGCAGGGCCGCAGCUCCUCUUGCUCCUUCUCCCCCUCCCUGACCCCCCUGGCGCCAAGCUCCGUCCCGAACCCUGCUCGCCGACCGCCGCUCCGAAAGACCCAGAGCUUCGACUGCCAGGGCCCCGCCCCCGCCGCCGUCCCUGACUCCUCCCGCUACGGGACGCUGAGCGAGCCGGCGCGGCGCGGGAACACUGGGGUGUUUAUUAAAGGCCUGGAGGUCAGUAGUAGAGAGGUGGCUGAGCGACCCUACUCCCCCAGAAUGACGCCUCCUGGCUGGGCAGCAGGAGAGGCAGGAAGGACCCCCCCCACCAGCACUACCAGUAGUCCUGUAGCAGAGACCCGGGCCAAGGGCAGUAAGCUGCGUCACAUCGUGGAUGAGAUGGUGACCACGGAGAGGGAGUACGUGCGCUCCCUCCGUUACAUCAUCGAGCACUACUUCCCCGAGAUGGAGAGAGGAGACCUCCCGCAGGACCUCAGGGGAAAACGGAGCGUCAUCUUUGGGAACCUGGAGAAACUUAUGGACUUCCACAGCCAGUACUUCCUCAAGGAGUUGGAGAGCUGCUGCAACCACCCUCUGAGGGUGGCACACUGCUUCCUGCGACACCAAGACGCGUUUGGCCUGUACGCUCUGUACAGUAAGAACAAGCCUAGGUCUGAUACGCUGUUGGCCAGCCACGGAAACAGCUUCUUCAGGAACAAGCAGCUGGAGCUGGGAGAUAAGAUGGACCUGGCCUCCUACCUGUUAAAGCCCAUCCAGAGAAUGUCUAAGUACGCCCUGCUCCUCAAAGACCUGAUCAAGGAGGUGAGCGAGGCGCAGGAGACAGAGCUGGGCUACCUCCAAGCCGCUGCGGAGAUGGUCAGGUUCCAGCUGCGUCACGGCAACGACCUGCUCGCCAUGGACGCCAUCCGAGACUGUGACGUGAACCUGAAGGAGCAGGGUCAGCUGGUCAGACAGGAUGAGUUCCUGAUCUGGUACGGCAGGAAGAAGUGUCAGCGCCAUGUCUUCCUGUUUGAAGACCUGGUGCUGUUCAGUAAACCCAAACGCAUCGAAGGAGGACUGGACGUUUACAUCUACAAACACUCCUUUAAGACGGCAGACGUGGGGAUGACAGAGACAUCUGGGGACAACAGUCUUCGUUUCGAGGUGUGGUUCAGACGCAGGACCAGUAAGAACCAGACGUAUGUUCUGCAGGCCUCCAACACAGACGUCAAACACGCCUGGACCACCGACAUCGCACGUAUCCUCUGGCAGCAGGCUACACGGAACAAAGAGAUCCGUAAUCAGGAGAUGGUUUCCAUGGGAGUGGGUAACAAGCCGUUCCUGGACAUUAAACCCAGCGACGCUGCGAUCAACGACAGGGCUAUAGACUACAUCAUGAAGGGCCGAGGCGCCAGAUCUCGAGCCUCCAUCGCUGUGUCCCUGUUCGACCACUCCAACCCCUUCAAGCGGACAGCGUCGGGUAACGGGGCCCCUGCUGCGUCUGGCUCCUGCACUCUCCUGGGGCCCCUCAACCUGCACAUGUACAGCAGCCACAGCCAGGCCCUGCUGCCCGGGGGAGAGAGGCCCUUCAUCAGCCCGUGUAUGGAGGAAGACGAGAUGGAGCACGAGACCAGCAGCCAGCCAUCCAUGAGUACAUACUGUAUAGAUCAUCCAUCCAUGACUACAGAGAGCUCAGGUUCAUCGUCCCACUGUCUGUCCGGCAGCGGUUCCAGUGGUUCAGACAGUGGCUGUGUGUCCAGCCACCUCCCUGAGGAUCCCUCGUUCCCCUGCCGUCCCCCGUCCGACGCUGUAACGUCCCCCAGCCUCCCCAAAGACAAGCCGCGUUACAACAGCCAGUACAUUUCAGCUGUCUGAUAUCCAGGAAGACACUAUUUCCACGCCAAGGAAGACAGACGAGACAAAUAUGUAUUUAUUUUCUCGCGUUGCCAGCAGCAACUCUCAUCUCACAUGGACACUGAAAAGACCUGGGACUGUUUU